GAAUAAGCGACAGAACUACCAACAGAGGGACGGUGAAUGGUGGCACAACCAACACAACCACGGUGGCCACCAAACAUUCUACUGAAGCCUUUGUGGUCACCAAGGAUGGAAUGGUGAAUGCGAAGAAGAAACUCGCAAGAAAUAGUGACUUGCCUCUGGGCCGAGGAGAGGGGAGAGCUGCUACAGGAGACGGUCAUGAGGCCGUGACUCCAGCCGUGCCCCUGCAAGAGAUGACACCAGCUGUCCCCACAGAGGCCGGGACGUUGGACCGUGGCCCUGAGGCAGGAAGCACGAAUGGCAAACAGAAUUGUGGCGUCAGAUGCUGCAAAUUCUGCAAGUCCAAGUUUACGCACCAAUGGAAUUUCUUGCCAUUGAAGCGAAAACAAGUGGCUUGCAGCGCACGGGCGAGAGGAAAGCUACGCAUGCAUGGGACAGCAAAGAUGGCAGCCUGCGGCAGGUAGCAUCAGCUGCCACGCCUGUGGCAAGGGUUACUGGAAGGCACAUCCUGACGAAGGAAUUCAAUCAGUAUGCCCGCUACCGCCUCAAAUUCUGCCUCACUUGCAGGAUCAAGUUCCCCCACCAAUGGAAUUUCUUGGAACAUUUGAAGAGCAAGAAGCACAAGAACAAAGAAGCGAGGGCCAAAGCGGGGCCCGCUCUCCCACGUCGGAGGGCGCCGCUACGCUGUGAGCUCUGCGCUGUGACUUGUAACGGGCCAGGGCCCUUUGUCGCCCACAUCAGGGGGGCCAAGCAUCAAAAGGCAUUAAUUCCCGACCUGGUUGGCAGAAAGUACAUGGAGGCCAUAAAAGAGUGGAAAGAUGUUGCUCAUAGUAAAGUGGUCGGCUACAAGUGCCACCUCUGCGACUGCCGUGUGUCGUUCCGCAGCGUACAGAUGCACAUGACAGGCCGUCGCCACACACACGAUGAAGCCGUCCAGGAGAUCCUGGAUACUGUCCACGACCCGCAGCUUGAAGAACUGGAAGCUGAGCUCAGGGCUAUGGAGUGCAGUGAAGAGAUGGAACUGGGUCAGGAAGAGGAGCUUAUUCUGGAGCAAGCAGAACGCUUCCUGUACGGCUUCAACCGUCGUACUGAUAAGAAAGCUAAACACAUGUUGUGACAUGCUGCUACAUGUUGUGCUGUGUUG